UUAAAUAUGCGCAAAACUCUGUUCAAGGCCGCUGAUCAACUCCCGUGACCCGUCUUCCUUUCUUGGCACCGUUGCCAUGGCCAACCGCUGGAACUUGGUAGGGAAGAGGGUGCGGGUGCCCGAGAUCACAUCGUCGAGAUGCAUCCCGGAGAGCACCGUCACUGGGACUCUCAGCUUCGAGGUGGCAGCUGCUCAUUACCCCAAUCUCUUAGCCAUGGGCGUGGACGAGUGCGCUAGAUCGGACGUCUACAGCUUCGGCGGCUACGAUUGGGGCAUCGAGUUGUACCCAUACAGGUGGUGGCCGGGCGACAACCAGGCAAGCAAUGCCAUGGCCUACUUGUGGUUUCUCGGCCCAGCCGGGCCAGUGCAUACCAAGUACACGCUGAGCGUGUUGGGUAACGAGAUAGAGGAACCGGUGGCCAGCUUCGGCGUGUUGGAGGGACUCUUUUCUCCGGUGGAACCCAAUAACUGCUGGGGCACAUUGCUGAAACCGCUGUCCGAGCUCGGGGACGGCGGCUUCACGUUACAGUACGUCCUCACCGUCAUCAACGUCGAGCCCCGGCCGAUGGAGCUGCCCGGCCACCUCGAGCGCAUGCUGGUGAAGGGAAGACGCGCGGACGUCCGGUUUCGGGUGCGCGGCCGAAACUUCCGCGCGCACAGCUCUAUCCUGGCCGAGCGGUCGCCCGUCUUUGAAGCGCAGCUCUUUGGCCCCAUGGCGGAGAAGGACAUGCGGCGGAUCAAGGUUGUCGGCAUGAGGCCAGCCAUCUUCAAGAUGAUGCUUCGCUAUAUCUAUACGGACAUACUGCCGUCAUGCAACGACCAAGGCGGCCGCAGCGCUGCGGUGAUGCAGCGUUUGCUUGUCGCGGCGGACAGGUACGGGCUGGACAGGCUGAAGCUCAUGUGCGAGGAAGAGCUGUGCCGGAGGAUCGACGCAGAGACCAUCAUGUCCAUGCACGCGCUGGCACAUCGGUACCAUUGUGAUCGGCUCAAGCAUGCAUGCCUCCAGUUUCUUACGUGGUCGCCGGAAGUCCUCGCCGACGUCUUUGAGAGUAGUGGGUUUAACGAGCUCUGCAUGACAAAUUACCGACCAUUGCCUCUGGAGGGAGAAGUCUCGCGGGCAAAACGUAGCCAUGCAGAGGAAGAAACUGAUCCAGGCCAGAAAUGAAAGAGGACCCGCAAUUUCUUAGGAAGUUGAUAUAUAUACCGUACUAAGGUUGAGACAUUUAUUUUAGGACAGAGGAAGUACUA